AAAAAAAUGAAAAUGGCCCUUGAGUUGUCGAGAGGAGAAGGAAGGAGAAAAAUGAGGAGUGCCUCUUGUAAGGGAGACAAUGAUUCAGACAGCCCCAAAGACACCUCAACCUCUCUCUCCACCACUUCCAUAUUUCUUUCUCCCUCACUAGAUCUCCACCAUAACCAUUAGUACUGUUCCACCACCACUAUCCACCGCUACCUACUAUAUAUACAGUAGUAUACACCAACCUUCUUCAUUAAUCUAUCUGCUCCUCUUCCCUUUCAUUAAUUCUAAGUUGUUUCUCAGUUUCAUCGCCGACAACAGUGAUUAAUCUACUCGCUGCACUGUUAAUACUAACUUGGUUAGAUUGGCAUCAUGAUAAGAAGCACGGCAAGCUCUGGCUCCUCACAACAACAAGGCAUUGCUGCCAUAGUUGGUGUGGGACCUAAGCUAGGCCGCUCCAUCGCCGGCAAGUUUGCUCACGAAGGCUACACCGUCGCCAUUCUCGCUCGCGACCUGGGAAGGUUGUCGAGAUUGGCGGAGGAGAUAGCAAGUGAAGAGAAAGCACAGGUGUUUGCAAUUCGCAUCGACUGCUCCGAUUCCAAAAGCGUCAGGGAUGCAUUUGAAACCGUUCUCUCCCUCGGAUUCGUGGAGGUUCUCGUUUACAAUGCCAACUACCAGCCUCCUAAUCCCACCUCCUUCCAAAGCCUCCCCCUAGAAACCUUCCAGAAUUCGCUGGCGGUUUCCACUGUCGGUGCCUUCCACUGCGCUCAACAGGUGAUUCCUAGCAUGGUGGAAAGAGGAAAGGGAACGAUUCUCUUCACGGGAUGCUCUGCUUCUCUAAAUGGCAUUGCCGGAUACUCCCAAUUAUGUUGUGGGAAAUUCGCGUUGAGAGGACUAGCGCAGUGUUUGGCCAGGGAAUUUCAACCUCAGGGAGUGCACAUUGCACAUGUCAUCAUUGAUGGUGUUGUUGGCCUUCCCAGGCGAAAAAGUUUAAUUGUUGCUGAGAGGAGUGGAGGAGGAGAAGAUGGCACAUUGGAUCCCGACGCUUUGGCUCAAACGUACUGGCAGCUGCACGUUCAGGACAAGAACGCUUGGACCCAGGAGAUGGACCUUCGAAAUUCUUCAUCAACUUUUAGAUUCUUCUAGCUGGCUGGCAACUUAUUAAUUAUUUCUUUCAACUAAAUCCAUUUCCAAUUAUUGAUAUAGUUAAUUAUAGAUUCUCUAGCACCCACUUUAUUGUCUUUUGCAUCUGUUAUUAGUUUGUAUGUGACAGUACAGGUCAAUGAUAUGUGAUUAUUUGGAGUUCUGUUUUUCAUGUUUGUCCUGCUGUUAGGCAAGGCAUGUGGGAGUGUCCUUGUGAACUAAAUAUGAUGUAUCAUGUUGAUGGUGUAAUAUUGCUAAAAUGAAUGAAAUGAAAUGUUUACGUGUA